AUGGCAAAAAUAGAAAAUUCUGAAACAAAAGUAAAUACUCAUCAUUCAUCAUCAAGUCUUUGGUCAAAUUGUCGACCUGAUAUUCAACGUCGAAUAAAUGCUUUACUUAAUUAUCAAGUAGAAUAUUUUCGAUUACGUGUUGAAUUUUAUCGACAACUUCAAGAUUUACAAUAUGCAUAUAAUCCUGAAUUUGAACAGAUUUUAGCAAGACAACGAGCAAUCAUUGAUGGUUCAUGUGAACCAAUAGAACUUGAAAACCAAAUGAAUAAAUCAAUUAUAUCGAAUUCAACAUUAGAAUCUAAUUUAAAUCAAUCGAGUUCACAAACAUAUGAACAAAUAUCAACUCAAAAUAUAUUUCCAAACAGUCAAUCUAAUUUACCUAAUAAAGGUCUAGCAAAUUUCUGGUUAACAGUUCUUAAAAAUAUUGAUUCUUAUGAUUAUCCUAUUCAACGACGAGAUGAACUUUGUUUAAAAUAUCUUAUUGAUAUUCGUUGUAUUCUUAAUCCACCGAAUGUUGAUUCUACAAGUUUUAUUCUUGAAUUUCAUUUUUUACCAACAAAUCCAUUUUUUAAUGAAACAAUUCUUACGAAACAAUAUUCAAUUCGAUAUGAAUUAAAUAAUUCAAAUCCAUAUCGAUCUUAUGAUGGACCAGAAGUUGAUCGUUGUUAUGGUUGUUCAAUUACAUGGAAACCUGAUCAUAAUCUUACAAUUCGUAAACGUACAAAACGAAUACGAAGUAAAACUACAGGACAAAUUCGAUUUGUACAAAUUGAAGAAUCGAUUAAAUCUUUUUUUGAUUUUUUUUCACCACCAAUUAUUUCUGCUAAUGGUAUUCAUGAAAUGAACAAUGAAGAUCAAAUACGUUUAGAAGCUGAUAUUGAAUUUGGUCUAUUAUUAAAACAACGUGUAUUACCAAGAGCUAUUCUCUAUUAUACGGGUGAAGCAUUAGCUGUAUUUCAUGAGGAAGAAGAAGAUGAUGAUCAAUUGUCUUCAUCCGAUAGUUCUCAAUAA